UCGCAUCUACCACCCCAACUCAGCUCAAACCAAGUAGCAAUGGCACCCCAAUACAAGAAAGGUCAAUCCGUCCGAUACAAGCCUGUUGGAGGACCGGACUCGAACACUUCGGAGAGCGUCGGUGUCAUUCGCGAUGUUCUCACUGAACCAGGCCGUCAGGCUGAUCGGAACGUCAACGCCAGCGAGGACGACCCCCGUUACGAGAUUGAGAACUCGAACACGGGCAAGCUAACCACCAUCUACGAGAAAAACAUUCUCGGCAAGGAGUAAUUGGCACUUGAACGUUUUUUUGUGCAGAUUCUGUAAUUGUAGAACACAUAAUUGAGAGCUAGUGACUUCGUCCUUCUUG